UUCUUUCUUUUAUCCAAAACUUCAUCUUUAAACGACGGGUAGUAGCACUAGAUUUCUUAGCACAGGAGAGCCCAGCACGGCUUGUCAGCAGGCUGUCACGUAUAAUCGCUGAACUAUCGAAAUUCCUGCAGUGCGCAGAGGAAUGCGAAUACUUCCGCUGGGAGUCAAAGGACGAACCGAAAGCAAAAGCAGCGCGUCAGAGCACGGCUUUCGAAGCACCCACCUCAGCCAUCAGCAGUGGCCUGUGGGCUGUGGCCAUCUCUUUUCAUCUUUGAUUCUUUUCCCGCCAAGAAAGCCUCCUGCACAUGGAGUGUCCACACCUAUACACUCCUCGGAUAAUCUCGUCCUCUAUACAAGGCCGCCGCAGACGUGACCGACGGCAUGCGCAGCAGCAGCAACUGCCACAUCCUCGCCAGGUAAAGCUAGCUAGCGGCAGCAGCGAACGCAACAAUGCCGGCGGCGGCGCGAGGGGGCGUCGCGCACAGCGGGCACGCCCGGCGGGUGGCCGUGCUCCGCUGCAUCGUCGCGUCGAUGGUGGUCACCGUCCUCCUCGCGGGGCUCGCCGUGCUCAUCUUCUGGCUGGUGGUCCGGCCGAAGCCCAUAGACUACGCCGUGACCCACGCCGCCGUGCGCCACUUCAACGUCACGCCGCCGCCGGGCGCCGCCACGGUCAACGCGACGUUCUACCUCACCCUGGCGGCGCGCAACCCGAACCGGCGCGUGUCCAUCCUGUACGAGUGGGUGGAGUUCCGAGUGCUCUCCGGCGAGUCCUACGCGCAGCUGGCGCUGCAGGACGCGCCGGCGUUCCGGCAGCCGCCGCGCAACGAGACGCGGCUGGGCGUGCGCGCCGUGGCGCGGUCGGCGCCCGUCGGGGAGCAGGCCGCGCGGGAGCUGCGGCACGACCUCGCGGCGGGCGGCGCGGUGGGCGUCGACGUCCGGAUGCGCGCGCGCGCCCAGUUCAAGGUCGCCGGCGUCAGGUCCAGGCACUACGGCCUGGAGGCCUUCUGCUCGCCCGUGGUCGUCGGUCUGUCGCCGUCGGCGGCGCGGUCGUUCCAGAGCGUGCCGUGCGACGUCGCCAUCUCUUGAGGGAGGCGAGGCGACAUGCUUAGUGCUUUGCAGGAUCACUAGCUGAGCGUGGCGUGCUGUAAAAAAUCUUGGCUGCUGCCUGGGUGGUGGAUUGGAUCCAUGGUUUGUUAGGCUAAUUAGAUGUUUGACUCCUGAGAUCGAUGUGCAUUGUAAAUCAAGCUAGCUCUCUACCUCUACUAGAUGCUGGCAUGCUGCCUUCUUUCCCUUUCCGUUUUUCAAAUUGGUGUGCUGAGCUUUUUGCCACGUUUGAUAUAUUAUUGUCAUGGCUUGCUGCGAGUGCCAUCCCCA